GGAUCCACAAACAUCAUCUCUACAGUUUGCUCCCUUUCGACUCUUUCACUAAUUUGUUACUUUGUUUUGGAAAGGGAGACUGACUCCCUACCUGUGACGCUCGAUGAAUUCUGCGGGGAGAGUCACUUUGUUUUUGCUUUUAAUUGUCCUGAUAACGCAAGAUUGUUUCUCAUCUAAAGGAGAAGACAGGUUGUUUCGUCGUUUAUUCAGGAGGUAUAAUCAGUUCAUUCGGCCAGUGGAAAAUGUGUCUGACCCCGUCACAGUGGAGUUUGAGGUCUCUAUCUCACAGCUUGUUAAAGUGGAUGAAGUCAAUCAGAUCAUGGAAACAAAUCUUUGGCUGAGACAUAUAUGGAAUGACUACAAGCUGAAGUGGGCACCUGCAGAGUUUGAUGGAAUUGAGUUCAUCAGAGUCCCAUCAAAUAAAAUCUGGAGGCCUGACAUUGUACUUUACAACAAUGCUGUUGGGGACUUCUUGGUGGAGGACAAAACCAAAGCUCUUUUGAAAUAUGAUGGAACUAUCACGUGGGUCCCUCCUGCAAUCUUCAAAUCAUCCUGCCCUAUGGACAUCACAUACUUCCCUUUUGACUAUCAGAAUUGCUCUAUGAAGUUUGGUUCCUGGACCUAUGACAAGGCCAAGAUUGACUUGGUACUUAUUGGCUCAAAGGUAAACCUUAAAGACUUCUGGGAGAGUGGAGAGUGGGAGAUCAUUGAUGCACCUGGUUAUAAACAUGACAUCAAGUACAACUGCUGUGAAGAGAUCUACCCAGACAUAACUUACAGUUUUUACAUACGGCGACUGCCCCUCUUCUACACUAUUAACCUUAUUAUCCCAUGCCUCCUCAUCUCCUUUCUGACAGUACUCGUCUUCUACCUUCCAUCAGACUGUGGUGAGAAAGUGACAUUGUGCAUCUCUGUACUCCUUUCUCUUACUGUGUUCCUUCUUGUCAUCACGGAAACCAUCCCGUCCACUUCACUCGUGAUCCCUCUGAUAGGCGAGUACCUUCUCUUCACAAUGAUUUUCGUCACCCUCUCUAUUGUCAUCACCGUCUUUGUACUGAAUGUGCACUAUCGCACCCCUAUGACCCACACUAUGCCUUGCUGGGUCCGUACUGUCUUUCUCCGAGCUUUACCCCGCAUUAUGCUCAUGCGCCGGCCUCUCGAUCUAUCAGAGUCUUCUGGAAAAGGAGGACUAGAAAGUGGGGGCUCGUCCGGGACUGGAGCAGGAAAAGGAGGAGAGGGAAAGAAGAGGAAAAACAGUGGAUCUCAGCAGGGAGCAAUGAACUCUUUGGAAUUUGGAGAAGGGAAAGCAGCAUUAGAAGGCAAGAAAGGCGGAUGCCCAUGUCACCCAAUGAAAGAGGCAACAGAGGGGGAUUGUGGGAAAGUGAGUCGUCAGUUGAAUCCACAGGCUAUUAACACAGUUGUGGCUUUUUCUGUGGUGUCACCCGAGAUCAAACAGGCUAUUGAGAGUGUGAAGUACAUUGCUGAAAACAUGAGGAGCCGCAACAAAGCCAAAGAGGUGGAGGAUGAUUGGAAAUAUGUUGCCAUGGUGAUUGACCGCAUCUUCCUUUGGGUCUUUGUGCUGGUGUGUGUGCUGGGAACUAUGGGCCUCUUCCUACAACCUCUGAUUGGCUUCUUCUCAUAAUUAACAAUGCCAGCUUGCCUGUUCUAACUGACAUGCUCCAUAUUUAAUUAGUGGUCUUGCGCAGCAAAUAAAUAAUCAGGUGUUCUGUUUUUCUCUCUGCCACAAAUCAAUCAGAGACUUAAAGACUGCUUUUUGACUUUUUAACCAUCAAUCACUCCAAGUGAACUCUCUAAACACCUUCCUGAAGCACUGAAAUGUCCAUAAGAAGACUAAUCAGACUGACUUGUGUUCUGUGUCCACUGCUCAAAAUUUACAUUCCACUUACAACACUUGAUUACACGAAAAUAUGUGGCAUUUUAUAUAAAACAACUUUUUUGUUGCUCACAAGUUAUUGGCAGUCACUCAGGAAAAUCUGCAAAAGACAAGUGAUGGUGUUUUUCUUGCCAGUGGAUAUAGAGUAGAGAAAAUCCAGUUUAAAUGCAAAGAAAUGUGUUGUGUAGAUUAGUUCACGGAAAUCUUUGAGGAUAGACAGUGAGCCGUGCGAUUAUGGGAUGAAGUUUGUCAAGAAUAUGGGUGAUCUAUAAAUAUCUGGUUGUAGCAUGGCUGCACUCCAGAAUAAAAAUGACUAAUCAGGUCCCAUAUAUGCCAAAUAAUUUGUGUUUAGAAUGAGAAUAAUUAAUCUGUUUUUUUUCUUCUUAUCUAUAUGAUACUGCAUGGUAAAGAGUUUGUUUUUUUUUUUUUUUUGUCAGAUGUAUUGACCAUGAUGUCUAAAUCCUUAAAUGUUUUUAGUGGUGUGCAGGCCAUUAAAAUGACUGCUUUCCCUCUCUCUCUUACACUCAUGCUCUCUCUCUUGCUCCAUCAGAAAAAUACAUAAUCCCCUCUUUAAUAUCAGUAUUAAAUUUUUUUCCCCACUUCCAGCUUCUGACACUUUUGUAAAGCAUUUUUUUAAACUGAUGUCUUUGAAAUAAAAUUAAGUUUUUCUUUUUGUUGUUGUACACACUAUGAUCUCUGUCUUACUGCCUCUGUGUUAAACUCAGCAAGCAAUGAGUGUAUUUAUGUGAUGUGUGUGUCUGUGAAACGUGACGUAUGUCUGUGAAACGCAUAUGCUUAUCUUGGUUGGCUGCAGUAGCAGAGGUUGGAAGUGCCUCUGGUUUUAUGAUUGGUUUUAGUAGCAUUAGGUCUUUUGAAGUAGCAGCGUUUUAUAAUCAUUUCCUAAGUGUAAAAGCGGUUUCAGAACUAUCUGACUUAAUUCUAGCACAGUUGUAAUCCUGUACCACUAUUUAUGGUGUCUGGGAAUGACAAUUUUUGCAACUUAAAAGCAACAGCGAUUUAGCAGAUCAGUCUGCAAAGAUUAAUCAUGUGCUGAAUUUAUAUAUGCUACAAAACGAAAACUCUUCAAUAUGUCUUUUGAGCAGUUCAGAACCUAAACAAAUAAUAAAGAUAUAUAAUUAGAUAAAUACAUUUUCCCAGUAUAUUAUGUCUAAUGUACAUCUUGCAGUAAUUAAUUUAGUUUCGUUUUCAAAUUCCUUCUUGAGAAUUUUUUUUUUUAUAUUAUUAUUUUUUAAUAGUAAAAGGUUAAUUGAGGGCACUCAAGUUCCUACACUGCCAUUAUUUGGGAGAGAGAGAGAGAGAGAGAGAGACAGAGUCAGUGUAAAUGAAUUAUAAAAAAAACACUGUGUCUAUACUGGUUUAUGUUCAGGAAUGUCUAUUUUCUUCUUUAUAUCACCAAAAUGUAUUGAAUCAAUAGCAUCUCAAGCAAAACAGACUGCAGUAGCUUCUUUGAUAUGUGCCAACAUUUGGCUGUGGCUCCAAAGCAUCAUAUAAUUCAUUAAUUCCAAAGAAAAAUUAUUCUAUACAUAUUCAGAUUAAUGUAAAGAAAAAAGCUAAUUACCAACAUUUGGCGGGCUACUUUCCUUAAACUGCAAUUUUGCACACAACUGCUCAUCAUUGAUAUAAUGGCUUCAGGCAGCAGACACUGAAAAUCACAUUGUAAAAAAAAAAUAAAUAAAAUAAGAAAAUUGGUGUUCACUGUUGCUGUCUCUCAUAUUACAGUCUAGUGGAAUUUGGGGCACAGAUUAUAGUCCAAGAGCUGUGUUUAUUCAGUGAUCAUAAUACAUUUAUUUAUUCAUUUAAAUGUCUUCUUAUGAAAAAGAUCAAAUAAAGUAUUAGAGUUUUAUAUUUGUGCAUGUUUUCUCAAAUGGAUGAACAUUAAGGUCAUUUUUUUUUAUUGUUUGUAAAGAACUUUGCAUAAAAGUGUUCAACAAAA